CUCACCAUCUUCCCUCUCUCUGCGACUCUUCUUCUUCCCACCUGUUCUUGCAUUGGUUGGGGGGUUCUUGGAGGGGGAAAGAGAGAGAGAGAGAGAGAGAGAUCAACCAGAAGAGAGAAGCUCUGACGUCAAGAUGGUUCCCCGAGUCCCUAAUGGCUUUCUCCGGCGACGGAGCCAGCAGACGUCCGGCGAAGGACGGACUCGCCUCCUCGAGAUCAACCUCAUUUCAGCGCAGCAGAUCAAGAACGUCGUCGGAAGUCUCCGGGCGAUGCAGACCUACGCAAUCACCUACAUCAGUCAAGAAAAGAAGCUCCGGACCCGCGUCGACCGGGUCGGGCGCGAGAACCCGACGUGGAACGACAAGUUCAUCUUCCGCGUGCCGGAGGCGUUCCUCUCGGACGAGAACUCGGCCGUCUCCGUCGAGAUCUACGCCGUCGGAAUCGUCUUCGAUGCGCUCGUCGGCACCGUCCGCGUCCUCGUCUCCAACCUCCUUUCGGUCGGAACCGACGGCGGAGCUGGCUUUGCCGCUCUCCAGAUUCGGCGACCUUCCGGCCGUUUCCACGGUGUCCUCAACGUCGGGAUGAUCGUCCUGGAGGACACAGUUGGAAGCCUGACGUGGCGAUCCGAUGUGGCCCUCGGGUACAGGGAUCUCAUGGGAAGGUCUCUUCCGAGGCUGAGCUCCGGGAGGCGGAGCUCCGCCGCUCUGACUGACUGGAACGGCUGUUUGACUGAGAGUGAGACGGAGGACGGGGACGUCGACAAUAACGGCGGAAAGAAGAUGGAUGAAUGCGAUGUUAAGACAAAGAUGAGUAGCGAGAAAGAAUUGGUUAACACUAGCCAUAACGGAGACUGUGACGGCGACGGAGAGGGAGGUCCAGGCCGGACGUCGGCCACCGGGACGUCGGCUCUCUGCGGUUUGGUCUUCCAGAAGAAGAAUUUUGGGGAUUCCAAGAUUAAUCCCAGUGCAUCCGAUCAGAAUCUGCAGCAAAAGUCUGUCAAGAUCGAUGAUCAGCAACAGGAAUCCUGAAUUCCGGCAUUUUCUUUAAUUUCGGUACGAAGACCUCUUUUCUCGACGAGAGAGAAGCAGCCAUUGGGAGAGCUCCAUGUCUAGUGUGCUCUGGCGUAUUCCAUUUUUACCCUAUACUAGUUCUUUGAAUUAGAAUUAGGGAGCGUAGGUGCGGUGGUAAAUGGAGGGGUAUUUAUGUGGGCAUCUGUGUUCUAACCGUGAUUGAUCAAUUCGAUCUCCCUCCCAGCCGACCCGGGUGUCUUCAUUUUUGGUGUUUCCUGAAGUUGGUAACGAAUUUUGUUCAAUGUGAUCCAAUCCCCCACAGUGGUAAUUGUCGUUUGCAUGAAUGAAUUGAAAGGUUAAAAUGACUGUAAAAAUGAUUUAGAGUUUGAUCUUUGUAAGUUAUACGCCUAAUUUUCCACAUA